AUCGGCGCUCAGGAACCCCGGCCCCUCUCCCGCCUCCCAGGCACCCCUGGGCCAGGAACUACAACUCCCAGCAGGGUGCGCGACACGAACGCCGGCGGCAACGGAGGCUCACGAGGCACAAACGCCCCUAGCCGCUCGGUGUGACGAGCUCGCUUCCCCCCCACACACACUGCAGCCACCUCCCCAACCCCACGGAACAAGACGCUGACUCCGAAGGGAGGCCUGAACUAGAAGAGAGAACCAAAGGCGUCCGGUCGCAGACUGUCUCCGAGGCGCUUCCUGUCCGGUGAGCGUCGAACGACUGAAGCGGCGGCCCAUAAUGCACUGCGAUGGCGGGUAGGCGUGUGUAGGCGGAGCCAGGGCCGGAAGUAGAACGGUGGCGGCGGCGGGGACUCUGGCAGCUCGGGACUCAGUGCAAGUACCAGAGGCUCACCAUGAUUCUCCAGAGGCUCUUCAGGCUCUCCUCUGUCCUUCGCUCGGCAGUCUCUGUGCAUCUGAGGAGGAACAUUGGUGUGACAGCGGUGGCGUUUAAUAAGGAACUUGAUCCUGUACAGAAACUCUUCGUGGACAAGAUAAGAGCGUACAAGUCAAAGCGACAGACAUCUGGAGGACCUGUUGAUACUGGCCCAGAGUAUCAGCAAGAGCUGGACAAAGAGCUUUAUAAGCUUAAACAAAUGUAUGGUGGAGGGGACAUGAAUACGUUUCCUACCUUCAAAUUUCAAGAUCCCAAAUUUGAAGUCAUCGAAAAACCCCAGUCCUGAAGAAUAUUAUAAAAUUCAUCUGGUAAUUUGUCAUGAAUUAGUUGUACAACUAAUUAAAAAAAUUCAAAUAAACAUUCAUUUCCCAGUUAUCAAA